AUGGUCUCCAGCAAAAGAAAACACGUCUCGCUCUCUGAUAGCGAGGAGGCAAGCGAUUGGGCUGUGAACGAGCCCAACGGACAGUCCUCCGAAGAUGACGACGUCGACAUUUCCUCUGCAUUACUUGGUCGCAGAGAGAAAGCACACCGGCCGGAAGUCGACAUGGACGACGACGAUGAUCAACUUCAAGAGUUGAUUCGAAAUUCAAUUGCCAAGCGGAAUGUCAAAGGAGGUACUGAAUUGUUGAAGAAGACAAAAGGAAAGGCGAAAAUCAUGAAAGGAGAAGUCGGUGGGGGCAGUUUUCAGAGCAUGGGUCUUCAUCCGUGGAUUCUGCGCUCCCUGACUCUUCAGGGCUUCCGCAUCCCGACACCAAUCCAACGUCUGGCUAUACCUGCCCUGCUCAGCAACCCUCCGCGCGACCUUGUCGGUAUGGCCCGGACAGGUUCAGGAAAAUCACUUGCAUAUAUGGUCCCUCUUGUACAGCGUCUCGGAGGACGGCACUCUUCUACAUUCGGUGCCCGAGCACUAAUCCUCCUCCCGUCGCGAGAGCUUGCCUUGCAAAUCCUCAAGGUAGGGAAGGAGCUGGCUCGUGGUUGGCACGCAGGUGAAGGGGACCAUGCUGGGGACGGAAGGGAUGUCGACGACGGUAAGAAAGGACAGAGUCUCCGAUGGAGCUUGAUCGUCGGAGGUGAAGGCUUGGACGAGCAGUUCGAGAUGAUCACCCAAAACCCGGACAUUAUCAUUGCCACACCUGGUCGGCUGCUGCAUCUUAUUGUCGAGAUGAAUCUCGACCUCAAGUCAAUACAGUAUGUCGUCUUCGACGAGGCUGAUCGCCUCUUCGAGAUGGGCUUCGAGACAGCCCUGACUGAAAUCCUUCAUCGACUCCCUGCUACCCGCCAGACUCUCCUAUUUUCUGCUACUCUACCCAAGAGCCUUGUCGAGUUCGCAAAAGCUGGCCUCCAAAAUCCGAAGCUCGUGCGACUAGAUGCGGAGUCCAAAAUCAGCCCAGAUCUUAAGAUGGCCUUCUUCUCUGUAAAACAAGCUGAUAAGGAUGCCGCUCUUCUGGUCCUUCUCCGCGACGUCAUUGGUGUCCCGCUUGGCCCAAACAAGCCCAAGGAGGAGCAAGACGAAGCACAGGACAAGAAGGGCAAGGGCAAAGCGAAGGCCAAGUAUCACGAGCAGAUUACCGCCCCUCACCAGACUCUCGUUUUUGCAGCGACAAAACAUCACGUCGAAUACCUUACUAACUUGCUGGCAGGUGCCGGUUAUGCCGUCUCGCACAUCUACGGCUCGCUGGACCAAACCGCGCGCUCGCAGCAGAUGGAGCAGUUCCGUCGCGGGCACACCAACAUCCUGGUCGUGACAGACGUGGCCGCGCGGGGUAUCGAUAUUCCAGUUCUGGAAAAUGUCGUAAACUACGAUUUUCCCCAGGGCGCGCGCGUUUUUGUCCACCGUGUCGGGCGUACGGCGCGUGCGGGGCGUCAAGGCUGGGCGUGGUCGUUCGUCCCGAACUCGGAACUUCCAUACCUGCUCGACCUGCAGCUCUUCCUGGGGCGGCCGAUUCGUAGCGACGUGUCAGAGGGCGGCGACCGAGUGUACACCGAGGCGCUUGUACUUGGCCCGUUCGACCGCGACACGCUCGACGCGGAGGUCGAGUAUGUCAGGAGGCUCGAUACAGAGAAUCACAACCUGCCGACGAUGCGCGACACCAUGCGUAAAGGUCAUGGUAUGUAUGAGCGCAGCAAGGGAAAGGCGAGCCAGGCAAGUUACAAGCGCGCAAAGGAGAUGACGAAAGAGGGAAAAUGGGGUCUCGUUAGUACCGAUGCUGGCAUACACCCGGUCUUCUUCCGGAACAAGGAUGGCAGCAGCGCGGUGGCGAAGCUGGCGGAAGAGGGGAAACGCAAAGCGCUCCUUAAGGCGGUGAAUUCCUUCCGGCCGGCGGAGACGGUGCUCGAGAUCGGCUCAAGAGGCAACACGGAGACCGCUGCGCUGAUGAAUAAGAGGCGGAAGGCGCUGAGUAAAGCUGCGCAGAGGAUUGCACUGGCUUCUACGUCUGCCGCCGCAGCGACGUCAGAUCAUUCAGAUGACGAAGAUGGUGCAGUAUCCGAGGUUGAUCAUGAGGGAAUGGAAAUGGCAGAUGAAACAGAGAUUGCGGCGGUCUUUGAUUCGUAUGACAAGAAAGGUUCAGGCGACGGCAAGAACCAAUACCGAGACUCCGAAUUCUACAUGUCCCAUUAUCAGAAGGAUGCCGAUACGGAAAAGGGAUACUCUCUUCGCGAUGGCGCUACCUUCGCCGAGCAAGCCCAGAAUGUUGCGUUUGAUCUGGCAGGCGAUGAGGGCGUGCUGGACAAAAGACGCCGUGAGAUGCAUUGGGAUAAGAAGAAAAAGAAAUUCGUCAAGGGCAUGGGCGAGGGCGCAGACAACGUUAAGAUGGUGCGCACGGAGAGCGGUGUGAAGCUCCCUGCGACGUAUCGCAGUGGCCGCUUCGACGAGUGGAAGGCGAAGACGCGCACCAGCCUACCCAGGGUUGGCGAGGCCGAGACUGAGGGUCCACGGCGCGCCAGAAUGUCUGCUGGUGGACGAAAUUUCAAGCACAAGCAAGUUGUCGAGGCAAAGCCUCUUGACAAAUUCAGCACGGACUACGAGCGGAAGAUGCGGCAGAAAAAGAAGAAAGUUGAGCAUGGAGGGGACAGUCAAGAUGCUGGGACUUCUUCCAGGCCUUCUUCCAGGCCCCCACCUGGGAAGAAAGGCAAAACCCUCGGUCGACGAGGCAAGCCUGCUGGGAAGGUCAAGAACGAACUCAAGACCGUGGACCAGAUCCGGAAGCAGAGGAAGGUCACGGAGAACCGGAGGGCGAAGAAUGCGCGUCCGAGCAACAGGAAGGGCAGGCGAUGAGAAGAUCUAUCAUACACUAGCGAUGCCAUGUAACCUGUGUAGCCUGACCCAUGUCUUCAUCCCGUAGUCUCAUUGUGUUUCCCGUGCUCAUGACACUGUUCAUUUCUUUGUUUGGAAUACAGUCCAAGAGCUGUGGCCUGCACACUCAGCAGCUCGAAACUUC